AUGUGUAAGACAGUACUUGUCAAAGGACCGUGCUGGUGCAACGGCAGUAAUGGCAAGAGAGUCACUGUGGGCGAAGGUGUGAAAAUUUGCAAGUAUGUAGAGCAUGGAAACUCGCACGAUGAGUACGAGGCACGUUUUCGGGAAAUAGAGAUUGUCGAAGGCAAUUGUGAUAAAUGCCCACAUUUAGAAGCUGAGGCCCUAGAGGCACAAAGAGCAGAGGCACAAAGAGCAGAGGCACAAAGAGCAGAGGCACAAAGAGUGGCAGAAGAGCGGGCAGCCCAGGUAGCAGCGCAAGGAGGAUAUCAAGGAGGAUAUCAAGCAGACAAUUAA